AUAACUUAACCAACAAACAAAUACAACAAACUUUAUUGGUUACACAAUGGAAAAUCAAUUAUUUGGGUUAGUUAUUAUUGGUCUAAAAUGCCACAGUGAUCAUUAUAAAUGAAGUACGAGUAUUUUAAGUGAAUACAAACAGAUAAUGUACUUUAACUCCUAACUGGCUUAUUAUAUGACAUGGGAAGUGAAAAGUUACUUUUCCGACUCGAACAACCACAUGGAUUGGGAGAUUUAUACUUUGCAUGGCAACACGGAUCGGGAAGUUACUUAGCUACGACGGGCGUAGAUUCAGUCGUGAACAUUUUCGAUCGUUAUGGCCAAAUACACGAACGAAUCAGACUGCCGGGGUUGUGCUGCGGGUUUGGUUGGGACGCAGAUGGGGAUUUGUUGGCAGUUAUUUCGCAACCUUCACAGCUGAUGUUAUGGGACUCUAAUAGCAACAAGAAAAGUGUUAUCGACAUUGGGUUAAGAGAUGGUCUUACUGUUGUGUUAUGGGCAAAAAGUACUCCUAUACUGGCUGUCGGAACUGUGAAGGGAAAUGUGUCUCUUUAUAAUCAUGCAACUUCUAAACGCACACCGAUUAUAGGCAAGCAUUCCAAAAAAAUCUCAUGCGGGUGUUGGAAUACUGAAAAUUUACUGGCGCUUGGAUCCGAUGACAAAACUUUCUCCAUAAGUAACAUUGACGGAGAUACAUUGAGAAUGGUUACUUUGCGAGGGGAACCGUCUGACAUUCAAUUUUCCGAAAUGAAAUUGGACGAAAGAAUGGGGGGCGAGAACACAGUCAGCUUGGUGGUCUCCAAACGUACUCUGUACCUUUACAACAUGAUCGAUCCAGAAAAUCCGGUCGAGCUGGCAUUUCAACAGCAUUACGGUUCUAUUGUGUCAUACAAAUGGUUUGGUGACGGAUACAUAUUGUUAGGGUUCAGUGCCGGAUUUUUCAUUGCGAUAUCUACACAUAUUAAAGAAGUCGGACAAGAGCUCUUUCAAGUAAAAAAUCACAGAAGUAAUUUAACAGAUAUUGCCAUAUGCAACGUUAUUGGGAAAGUUGCUUCCAGUGGCGAUAAUAUUGUGAAAAUUCAUGACAUCACCAAUUUACACGAAACUUCAAGCGUAUUAACUCUAACACAGGAGACUGGUAUCGAACGAAUAGAUUGGAGUGUUGACGGUCAGUUAUUAGCGGUGGGAACGAGAAAUGGUUCUCUUAACGUGUACGUCUCAAACAUGCCGAUUUUAUCCGCAGUUUGUGGUUCUAGAAUUGCCAUUCUGUCAAGCCUUACCGAAGUUACCCUUUACACCUUUAAAAUGGAUAAAACGAAAUUAUCACCUGUACCGAUUACGAUUGAAACUGAGCCUACCUUUAUGGCGGUCGGACCCUAUCACUUAGCGACUGGGAUGAACAAUAGAGCUUGGUUUUACGAUUUGACCAAGUCACAAACCCGAUUGGAAGAUGCACCUCUUUUGCUUCGUGAUCGACAGUAUCUAGGUGUCGUUACAAGUAUAUAUCUUAACGUAGAGUAUGCGUCUGUGUUGUACGAAGGGAAAGUUCAGUUGCACAUGAUAGAGCAACCGGAAGUUGAUCAUGAGGACCGAGAGAGUAUAAUAUUUCCUGAUACAAAUUCCCCUAAUGUUGUUAUUAAUUGCCAUGGAAUUACUACAGAUUUUCUUAUAUAUGGAACUGAUAUGGGCCAAUUGGUAUACUUCUGUAUUGAAGAUUGGAUGGUUGCCAAUGCAUAUAAGCACACUGUUGGAAUAAAAAAUGUGUAUACAGAUCCGGCGGGAACACGACUUGUAUUUAUAGAUGUGAAAAGUCAAGCUUACGUAUUUAAUAAUGUUACCAAUGAAAUCGUUACCAUACCCGAUUUACCAAAUAAAAUAACUGGGAUUAUUUGGGAUAGUCACUUAGCUGAUAGAAAUGUAUUCAUUAUUUAUAAUGAAGUUGAAAUUUUAACAUAUAUUUAUGUGAAAUUGUCAAUUUAUGGGUCUGCAGUGAAAUGUUUGGGAACGACGAACCUUGUUUCAAAGCAGGUUCCACUGUUUAUGUAUAGCGGCGAUGUGCACUUGGCAAGUUCAGGUGGACAGCUGAGUCAAUUAACGUUGUCUACUCAUGACACUUCCCAUGCUGGGAGUUUGGAACCAGGUAAAAGUGUUGAGGACACCCUUCUAGACAAGUUGCUUGGUUUGCACAGAUAUGCCGCUGCAUGGGAAGUAUGUCGACAAGCGAAUUCUGGUGUCCAUUGGAGAGCACUGGCAAGAAAUGCUCUUAUACAUUUAGAUAUACAUUUAGCUAAACGGGCAUACAAACAAUGUGAUGAUGUUGCGCUUUGUACAGCGUUGUAUCAAAUUUUGUACAUAGAAGACCAUAGGUUAAUUGCCGGAUACGUAGCUAUGCUCUUAAAUGAUUACGACUGUGCGCAACAAUGGUUCCUGAGUUCAAGCAAUCCAAAAGCUGCACUUGAGAUGCGUCGUGAUUUAUUACAGUGGGAUCAAGCCUUGCAAUUAUCUAAAAAGAUGGCGCCUGAUCAAGUACCUUACAUAUCGAGAGAGUAUGCUCAACAGUUGGAAUUUAUUGGAAAUCAUUCCGAAGCAUACCUCCAUUAUGAAAAAGGGUUGCAGGAAAAUAUUGAUCGUGAACAAAUUUUCGCAUGCAAAUGCGGAAUAGCUCGAACCUCAAUACACUGUAACAACUACAAGCACGGAAUAAACAUGGCGUUGGAAUUAAAUAACAAAACGUUAUUCAAGGAAUGCGCGGAAGCUCUCGAGUUGAAGAAUCAAAUAUCGGACGCGGCCAUGUUCUACGAAAAAGCGCAGUUGUAUGAAAAGGCGGCGUCGAAUUAUAUCAAAUACAAAAAUUGGCAUAAAGUUGGGGAAUUGUUGCCGAACAUUAAUUCCAAUAAGAUUCAUUUACAAUUCGCCAAGGCGAAGGAACUGGAAGGAAAAUAUGAGGAUGCAGCUAAUGCGUACUACGAUGCCAAAGAUUACGAUUCGGUGAUUCGACUUCAAUUAGAUUAUUUGAAUAAUCCCGAAACGGCAGUCGAACUUGUUCAGGAAACUAAAAGUUCAGAAGGCGCUAAAAUGGUGGCCAGGUUCUUUCAACGUUUGGGUGAUUAUCCAUCGGCAAUACGUUUCUUGGUCAUGUCCCAAUGUAACAGUGAAGCUUUCGAGCUCGCAAGGAAACAUGGAAAAUUGCAGCUGUAUGCCGAAGUAUUAUUGAGUACACUUUCGGCUGACGAACUGAAACCACAAGACUUCAUUAACGUAGCGACACACUUUGAAAAUGAAAAAAAUAACCUUUUGGCAGGAAAGUACUUCUUUCACGCCCGCGAAUAUCAGAAGGCAUUAAGGUAUUUAAUUAAGUCUGCAAAAAAUAAUUCGGAAGAAAGCGAAGCGUUAACGACUGCAAUUGAUGUAGUUGCUUCGUCAAAUGAUGAUUCAUUAGCUAAUGAGUUAAUUGAGUAUCUGCUCGGAGAAGCAGAUGGAUUACCAAAAGACGCCAAGUACUUGUUCCGAUUGUACAUGGCAAGGCGACAGUAUAGGGAAGCAUCCAAAUCGGCCAUAAUUAUCGCUAAUGAGGAACAAGUGAAUGGAAAUUACCGAAAUGCUCACGACAUACUCUUUAGCAUGUACCAAGAACUGAAACAUAAUAAUAUUAAAAUUCCCCAGGAAAUGCACUGGAACCUUAUGCUACUGCACAGCUACAUUUUAGUGCGAUUACAUGUACGUAAAGGAGACCAUUUGAAGGGCGCCAGAAUGUUAAUUAGAGUAUCAAACAAUAUUUCCCAAUUUCCAUCACAUAUGGUUCCAAUAUUAACGUCGACAGUAAUCGAGUGUCACAGAGCCGGCUUGAAACAUGCAGCAUAUAAUUAUGCCGCGAUGCUGAUUCAAAAUUCAGAAUAUCGGAAGCAGAUCGAUCCAAAGUAUUCGAAGAAAAUUGAGGCUGUAGUUAGAAAGCAGCCAAAGAAUGGAAAAACUGGCGUUGAAACUGAUGCCGCGGAACAGCGCACGCCGUGUCCUUAUUGCGACUCACCCUUACCAGAAACCGAGAUGUACUGCGAACAGUGUAAAAAUAAUAUUCCUUUCUGCAUCGCUACAGGUCGUCAUGUAGUGAAAUCUGAUUUUGCGGUAUGCCCUGAAUGUGAGUUUCCUGCACUACAGUCCGAAUUUAUCGACAUUCUCGACUUUGAAGAUACUUGUCCGAUGUGUGGAGAAAAAAUUGAUCCGAGACGAGUAGUCAAAAUUGAAGAUACCAAACCAUAUUUGCGAUUAGAGUGAUCUCAGUAGUAGCUAUUAGUUAAGUUUAAUUAUUAACACUAUCCGUCCAAUUACCUAUGUGCCGUCCUCAAAUGAACUCUAUGUUUUGUAUUUAUUUAUUAGAUAGUUUAGGUAUUUAUUAUGUGCAAUUUAUGAACAAUAUUUUGAGAACGAAAAUAUAUUUAUCAAUGGAA